AUGAUGACGACAGUAGGAUUUGCUCAUCCGAAUUCAUCUCUCUUGUUCUUCAGAAACAAAUCCACCGACAAGUCACAAAGCUCUCGACCAAAAUGGGUUUCUUCAUCGUCUUAUACCUCUGAGACAUUUUAUCGAACAGAUAAUGUGCAAGUUACUCAGAAAGAUGAUCUCAGUGGAAUCAGCGAAGGAAUCAGGAAAAGAAACAAAAGGGUCUUCUUCUUAGACGUUAGUCCACUUUGCUACGAAGGAAACAAGCCUAGCUCACACGCUUUUGGUCACUGGGUCUCACUCUUCUUCUCUCAAGUCAGCCUCACUGAUCCUGUCAUAGCUGUUAUCGAUGGAGAAGAAGGUAACAAGAGACGCCGAGAGUUGCUGCCUUCAUAUAAAUCACAUAGGAGAUCACCAAAUCCUGGGAGAUACACCAAAAGGCCACAUCAGUUCGUCGAUGAAGUUCUUACAAAAUGCAAUGUGCCAGUUGUAAGAAUACAAGGGCAUGAAGCAGACGAUGUGGUGGCUACGCUGAUGGAACAAGCCGUGCAAAGAGGAUACCGCGCGGUUAUCGCAUCGCCUGACAAAGACUUUAAGCAGUUGAUCUCAGAGAAUGUUCAGAUUGUUAUUCCAUUGGCAGAUCUCAGAAGAUGGUCGUUUUAUACUUUGAAACACUACCAUGACCAAUACAACUGUGAUCCACAGUCUGAUUUGAGCUUUCGAUGCAUAAUGGGCGAUGAAGUUGAUGGAGUUCCGGGGAUUCAGCAAAUGGUACCUGCGUUUGGAAGGAAAACAGCGAUGAAACUUGUGAGAAAACAUGGAUCUUUGGAGAGUUUACUUAGCGCAGCAGCUGAAAGAACUGUGGGGAGACCAUAUGCUCAAGAGGCACUUACAAAAUACGCAGAUUACUUGAGAAGAAAUUAUCAAGUUCUUUCCUUGAAAAGAGAUGUGAGGGUACAGAUUCAAGAGGAAUGGCUUGUGGAGAGAGAUACAAGCAAUGACUCAGAAGUACUUUCAAGCUUUUUCUCAACCUUGCAUGGACGAUACUGA